GAUUCACAGAUGGAGUCAGUGGAAAAGACAACGAACAGAAGUGAACAGAAAUGCAGGAAGUUUUUAAAGAGCCUCAUUAGGAAGCAGCCCCAGGACCUGCUCCUGGUCAUUGGGACCGGUGUGAGCGCAGCCGUGGCCCCGGGUAUCCGGGCGCUCUGCUCUUGGAGAAGCUGCAUCGAGGCAGUCAUUGAGGCUGCGGAGCAGCUGGAGGUUCUGCACCCAGGGGACGUUGCCGAGUUCCGGAGGAAGGUGACAAAGGACCGGGACCUGCUGGUUGUGGCCCAUGAUCUGAUCCGGAAGAUGUCACCUCGCACAGGUGACACCAAGCCCAACUUCUUCCAGGACUGCCUGAUGGAGGUGUUUGACAGCUUGGAGCAGCACAUCCAGAACCCUGUGGUGCUGCAGUCCAUCCUCAGCUUGAUGGACAGAGGCACCAUGGUGCUGACCACCAACUAUGACAACCUGCUGGAGAUCUUCGGGCAGCAGCAGAGCAAGCCCAUGGAGUCCCUCGACUUGAAGGACAAGACGAAGGUCCUUCAGUGGGCAAGAGGCCACAUCAAGUACGGAGUCCUUCAUAUCCACGGCUUGUACACAGACCCCUGUGGGAUGGUGCUGGAUCCGUCGGGCUAUAAAGAUGUCACUCAAGAUCCAGAAGUAAUGGAAGUCCUACAAAAUCUCUACCGCACCAAGUCAUUCCUGUUCGUGGGCUGUGGAGAAACGCUGCGUGACCAGAUAUUCCAAGCGCUCUUCUUGUACUCUGUGCCAAAUAAGGUGGACUUGGAGCACUACAUGGUAGUGCUCAAGGAAAACGAAGAUCAUUUCUUUAAGCACCAGGCAGAUAUGCUUUUGCAUGGGAUUAAAGUGGUGUCCUAUGGGGACUGUUUUGACCUUUUCCCAGGAUAUGUGCAAGACCUUGCUACUCAGAUCUGCAAACAGCGAAGUCCAGAUGCUGAGCGAGUGGACAGCACCACCUUACUGGGUAAUGCAUGUCAGGACUGUGCAAAGAGGAAGUUGGAAGAGAAUGGAAUUGAAGUUACAAAAAAAGUCAGACAGUCAGAUACUGAUGAUGCUGGAGGGUCUUGAAGUUUUUAAAACUUGAAACUUGAAAACCAGCCUUCAGCAACCACAGUGCCAUGCCCAAGCGAUGAGGAAUGCACAGAGGACUCCAUAUGGAUCUCUCAACAGUGAACUGUCACACACCCCCAAAAGAGCCGUGUGGGUGUGUGGCCUUUGUGGUUGAAUGACAGAGCUCUACUAUGCGUUUAGCUGCUCAGGAGGUGACACGGACACACUUCAGGUAUACUCAUAAGGACUAAUGGACAGCUACCUCAGGGACCGAAUUGAGGGUGGGAGUGGGAUGUACCUGGUGUUGUUCCCUUUUCCCAUUUGACAUGGUUUCUUAUGUCAGGGUGUUAUUUUUCCUAAUACAUGGAGGAGAAUGGGGACUAUUCAAGCAACAGUAGUUGCCAAAGAGAAAAUAAGACAUAAACAUUUAUAUUUUAUAUCUUUAUGUGGAAAUAUGCGGAAACAUCUUUUGCUGUAGAAAGUUUUUUAAAGCUCUAUUGGUUACAGUGUUAAAUAGUAAAGGACAAGUGAAUAGUAGAGGGGCUGAACCCACUAGUGAAAAUUGUUUUUUAAUUUUAGAUUUUAGAUCAAUUUGGUUUCUUUGGAAUUUUGACAUUUCAGUAAUUUCUGUCCCAAAGAAAUGGUAAACUGUUAGUGAGUGUUAAGUCCAGACCUUUCUCAAAGUCUUCAGUGCUCUUUAGAUCCACUGUGUGACUUCAGGUUAGAAAGGGAAAGUGAAGCACAAGACCAAGCUUUAAACGUUUAGAAGUUCUAAGCAUUCCAAGUCUUAUUUCUCUAGGAUAAGGCCCAUCCUUUCUGUUCUCCUCUCUUCCCAUGGUUCAUAUUAAAAUUUACAUGGAGUGGGGUAGGCAAUACUUUGAAAAGGCUUGCCAAAUUUUAACUACAUUCAAGGUUAACUUCUGGGGAAAUACAUUCUCAGAGUACUGCAUAUUCGCACAACUCCUCUGAUAGUGGCCGUGGCAAAGACUCACAUUGCUGUACAAUGGUCCUGAAAGAAACACUUCUUAGAAAGGGUCCUGCAUGGUUCAUUUGAGGCCACCCAUCUUUGAUAUGAUGCCAAGCUCUGCCUGUGACAUUGCAUGGACAGCACAGUAGCUCCCAAGGGAUGUUGACAAUUAAGAACAGGAAACAGGUUGCUACAGGGAAUAAGGGAGAAGCCAGAGAUAGGCUAAAGACACCUCCCCACCGCCGUGCUUUCUAAGUUUGGAAAAUAAAUCUUUUAUGUCACUGGUUAUGAAUAAAAUUUUAAACUCAA